AUGACAGGAAUUCGCGUACCCUGUAAAUGGUUUGAGGUGGAUAAUCCCCAAGCGAGCGAAAUAGAAUUGACCGUCGAGAUGAUUGAUGAAUGUAUCAACCCAUCCCUCGAAUCCCACUCUCAGUCGACCAGUGUAUCAGUACUCAAGGAUUAUCCAGUACAGAGGACCUUCCAAAAUCCCAGUCGCGGAGCUCGGGAUAUGUCGCAGAGAGAGGCGAACUUCGACAAUAAGGACCCAGUAGAGUUCUCUGUGGAAAUCCAGGUCACCGAUUCGGUUAACCACCUUGCCCGAAUGAAGUUCAAUUGUAUUGAACCCUUGCAGCUUCAGCUGACAGCUGAACGAUUGAAUCGGAUUCGUGAUGGAGCUGCUUGA